GUUUCUGUUGACUAUUUUACUGAUCUGUCGAGUUAUAUGUUAUUUUUUACAGUCUAUGUAUUUGACUCGUUGGAGCAUGUAGGAGGAACCAUAUUUCGUUUGUAUCAGAGAACCAUCCGAUGACGCGUUUAGAUUGUCUGUUGUCCCACAUGACCCGAAGGCACCAUAACGGGGUGUGUGUUGCUAUGGUAACUGUCGCGACGGAGACCUGAAAAGUUUCUUCAUCGGCUAACAAACUUUUUACUAUUAAUUUCUGAAAUGACGACCAAGAAACUCGACCCUUUGUCAGUGGAGAAACCUACACAUGGAGGAGAAGAGGCGGAGAAGCCUGAGGAGGAGAAAAGAGCCGCAGGUGGAGGAGAGUGGAGCCAGGAGUCCCAGGUUCCAGUAAAGAUGUUACGAGGUCACAGCGACACUGUCACCGCAGCUCGACUCUGCUUCGACAACAGCCGCGUCCUGAGCUGCUCCUCAGACCGCAGUGCCAUCCUCUGGGAUGUUGAGAGCUGCAGACCUCUGAAGGUUUUCGAUGGACUUCAUGGUAGGACAAUCUCUGAGUGCACUCUCAUCCCAAACAGCAACAGGAUGGUUACAGUCUCCUGGGAUAAAAAGAUGGUGGUCACAGAUCUGGAGACUGGGCAGACUCUGUGGAAGUGCAAACUAGGCGGUCUGCUGACCUCCUGCAGCUCUUCGUCUGACGGCCGGCUGCUCGUCUGUACAGCAGAGCCAAAGAGCAGCGUUUACAUCAUCGACUCAGAGGACGGAAAGACACUGCACCACAUCAGCGAUCAUCACCGCUCUACCAUCACACGGUGUCGGUUUGACCCUCAGAGCCAACGGGUGGCCACAGUGUCUGCAGACCGGGGCAUCAAACUGUGGGACAUGAAGACCCGGGGAACCACCGUUUCAAUCAACAGUAACCACAACAACGUUGUUUCUGACUGCUGCUUCACCAACAACGGACACUUUCUGUGCACUGCAUCAUGGGAUAAAAGCUUGAAGCUGUGGGACCUCCAAGCGGGAGGAUUUCGCUCUCACGGCGGGACUCUGCUGCAGAGCGGCCACGAAGGCAGCGUGAGCUCCUGCAGCUUCUCUGUUGACGCACGCCUGCUUGUGUCUGGCUCCUACGACCGGACUGUUGCACUCUGGGAUAUGUCCACCCUCUGCCAGACUCUCAUUCUGAAGGGCCAUAGUGAUUGGGUAACAGACGUGUCGGUCUCGGCUGACAGGAAGUUGGUGGCCUCUGCCUCCAAGGACAAAACUGUCAGAUUGUGGAACUUAGAGAACAUGGAGGAAAUCCCAGAAGUCCUGGAGAAGAUUGCAGCUGAGGGAACAGGAGUUCAAAUCCUCAAAUGUGCGCAGUGUGGAAAGCCGUUUCCUGUGUCCAGACUACAGACCUCAGAUCUGUUGACACAGUGCGUCUUCUGCCGACUGAAAUCCCCCUCCAGAUAUCGACCACAGCCUCCACCUCUCCUGUGACUCCUGCCAGGGAAGACGGUCGUCAGCCACAGAGCAGCAGCUGGUAGGGAUGCAACAUCUU